AUGGAAUGCGGAACCGGCUUAGUAGCACAACCGAUAGACAGGAACAAGGAACAUUCUCAGGAGCCUCCGCAACACACCGACAAUGACUUGAAACGGAGUCAGUCAGUGGCUGUGGGAGCAUACCAUGUUCAGGAGCCAGAUGCUUCUCCUGCUGGGAUUCGGAAGUAUGGAAGUGGAUCUUUCUUGGGUGGCCUUACCGGAACGCUCCCGGAAAGCUCCAUCAGGACAUCCUUAAGCCGAUCAAGGGGAGGUUCAUUGGCGAUAAGCCGCGAUGCGGAAAAGGAGGCAAGAGCGGCAUCAGUGUUUCCUGAAGAGAAACUCGGGUUGGCACGUAUCAAAGUGGAAAGGAGUAACAGAUGUGGAGGAGAUCUUCGAAGCCGAGAGCAAUGGGCGAUAAUGCAAGCCAUGCUUAAUGAAACACCUCGGGCUGAUGGCACUUCCUCUCCGUCGAGGCUUGCAAGAACAGAAUCAAAGCAGCUGCAAAGCAUUAAUGAGAUUGAACAAUCGGGACCUCAGGUUCAGGGAGAAAAAAUCCUGGUUCCUCUUCAUCAAGAUAACAGCAUCGUUCAGACCAGUCAGCCUCAAUAUGGAUAUGGCAGUGUUGCUUGGGAGCAGCCACCAACAAAGGCACCUGAUCGAGCUGUUCCGAUAGCUGAUUGGAAGAAGAAGAGCUUGGCAAGAAAGUUGAGCUAUCCUGGUAGCAUAAUCGGCCCUUACAGGAUUGUUCUUUUCAUCCGUCUUUGUUCAAUCCUUGGAUUUCUUCAGUAUCGGGUUGCCAACCCCACAGAGACAGGAUAUUGGCUCUGGCUGAUGUCUGUCAUUUGUGAGAUAUGGUUUGCUGUUUCGUGGGUGCUCGACACACUUCCGAAGUUGACUCCUGUCAAGAGAGAGACGUACAAAGACAGGCUGAAAGCUGUGUAUGAUGACGGAGGUGAAAUGCUCCCACAGUUGGAUGUUUUUAUCACGACUGCUGAUGCCACCAAGGAGCCACCUCUGGUCACGGCAAACACAAUUCUUUCUGUUCUGGCGACAAACUACCCACCUGACAGAAUUGCCUGUUACUUGUCUGAUGAUGGGGCAUCUAAGCUGAUGUUUGAUGCCAUGGCCGAGACUGCUGGAUUUGCACGACUUUGGGUUCCUUUUUGCAAGAAGCAUAGCAUUGAGCCAAGGUCCCCAGAUGCGUACUUCAGCCUGAACGUGGACUUUUUGAAGAACAAAGUGCAUCCUGAUUUUGUCAAGACUCGGCGCAAAGUGAAGAGAGAAUAUGAGGAGUUCAAAGUUCGCAUGAAUGCUUUGGUUGCUGAGAGCCGUUAUCCCCCGGAGGAAGGCUGGAUGCUGGAGGAUGGAACACCCUGGCCAGGCAACAAUAGGCGUGAUCACGAUGGGAUUAUCCAGGUAUUUCUACACCCUGAUGGAGACGUUCGUGACUUUGAGGGAGGAGUUCUUCCACCUCUCAUCUAUGUUUCACGGGAAAAGAGGCCUGGACAUGAUCACAACAAGAAAGCAGGAGCGAUGAAUGCUCUCUUGAGAGCCAGCGGAUUGAUCACUAACGGUGCUGUGCUGAUGAACUUGGACUGCGAUCACUACAUCAACAAUGCUGAUGCUAUUCGCGAUGCGCUUUGCUUCUUCUUGGAUCCCAUACAAGGUUACACUACAGGCUUCGUGCAGUUCCCCCAGCGUUUUGAUGGAAUUGACAGGAACGAUCGUUAUGCAAACCAUAACACAGUGUUCUUUGACAUCAACAUGAAAGGCCUCGAUGGGCAGCAAGGACCUGUAUACGUUGGAACAGGAUGUUUUUUUCGUCGCCGUGCCCUCUAUGGUUAUUUUCCCUCUCCAAAUCCAAGUAAGGUUGGCAUGUCAAAGAAAGCCAAGAAUGGUCUGUGGAGCUACCUGUGCUGCUGCUGCCUUCCCCGAAAGAGACCGGAAGAGUCAUUAGAUGGACAUGAAUCGAAUGAUCAGGAUUCCACUCAACUGGUGAAGAAACCCAAGCUUCCAGCAAGGCUGGGUGCUUGUGCCCAUUUCGUCAACACCGCAACUGGCGAUGAGAACCUGUCGGGAGAUGUUGAGGAGCAGCCUUUAAGCCCGAGAUCUAUGCUUAGUGAUGUAGUUCUUACCAUCAGCUGUGACUAUGAGGCCAACACGGAUUGGGGCAAGACUGAUAGCGUAUGCAAACAACGCAUUCUAUCCAUUUACCAGUGUGGCAAUCUUCUCAUACUGUCUUCUGCCACCCCUUGCCCUGCUUACCGACUUUUUCUUUGUCCCAACGCUGGAUCGCUAUGCAGUCAUCUGGUUUGCUGUACUCAUCCUGUCGUUUCUGGCAUCCUCUGUGCUGGAGCUGAAGUGGAGCAAAGUUUCUUUUGA